UCGGAGCCAUCCAUUCUCCAUGGCGCUGGGAUGUGGUCCUGCUGUGCCGAAGCUGAUGGAUUCAUCUAUUGCCUUCCAAGCCACGCACAGCAGAUCUUGCGCGUGGGGCCUGGCGGCUCCGAGCUUUGGGGCCCCGACUUUGGAGCUGAGACCUGGAAGUGGACGACCUGUCUGCUGGGCCCUGAGGGGGCCAUCUGGGGCAUCCCUGGCAACGCACCCCGAGUCCUGUGCAUCUCUGGGGGACGAGCAGAAUUAGUUGGUCCUCCAAUGGACGGGACGCACAAGUGGCACGCCGCAGUUCUGGCUGCAGAUGGCUGUAUCUACGCCCCGCCAUGCGAUUGUGGGCAAGUACUCCGUAUCGAUUGCGGAAGGCGUCAUGUGUCGUUGAUAGGACCUAUCAUGGGUGGCGCGGGCAAGUAUGCAGCAUGUGCAUUGGCAGCCAAUGGGUACAUCUAUUGUCCUCCCAACCAUGCAGCAAGUGUCUUGCGCAUCUCUCCAAACACCAAGCAGGUGGAGAUGAUAGGGCCCGACCUCCGCUUCGGCGGCGGGGGCGGCUACGUGGCAGCCGUCCGGGGCACGGACGGCCACGUCUACUGCCCGCCCUUCAGCGCUACGCGGGUCCUCAGGAUUUGUGAUCCAGAGGUGGAUCUCGUGGGUCCGGAGAUGAACUGGAUGGCACACCAGUGGCGCUGCGCCCUGCGGAGCGAGGUGGAUGGCUGUAUUUACGCCGUGCCAUGCAACGCCAGCAGGGUCCUGAAGAUCGAUCCGUCUGGUGCAGUCUCCAUGGUGGGCCCCGAGUUUCCCUGCGCGCCCGCGCCGGAGGGCAUCGAGAAGUGGCGCAGCUGCUGUGAGGUGGAUGGCUGCAUUUACGCAAUCCCUUCUCAUGCCAAGCAGAUUCUGCGCAUCAAAACCGGCGCUGCAGCGCUGGAGUCGCCGAGCUUCGAGCAGCUGGAAGCGCAGAAGUUGGCGCUCUCAGAGCAUGAGGAGACUCGUUUGAGAGCUGAAGCAGCUGCAAGGGCACAGGAUGCAGGCAGUUCGCAGGAGGAGGACGAUGACGACGAGGAGGAAAACAGCGAUGAGGAUGUGGAAGAUUGGCCCGAAGAGGAAUGCGAUGGUGUGUCGUUGUGGGGUCCGACCCUGGGACAGCGCUGGACACGCAAAAACAAGUUCCGCAGCGCCCUUGCAGGACCGAGCCCGGGCAUGCUGGUGGCUCCACCCUACCACUGUGGGCAGCUGCUGGCCGUGAACGUUGGCGCCGGUGAUGAAGCCGUUCAGUUGCUGGGAGAUGCUCCUCCGAAGCCGCCCAAGAAAGUCUUUAUCCCAUUGCCAGAGGAGGAUGAGUGAUGAGUGAUGAGUGAGGUGUCACAGGCACGGGUUGUGUCCCAGGAUUGGACCCAUCAAAUCCAGCACACUCCACAUGACCGAAGUGUACCAAAAAAGAACGGUAUCCAAGAUGGGGCGCUACCUAAUGGCACCUGAUGGCUUGGAUCUCUGGACAUACCGGACAUACCCUUUUGCCCAAUGUUUAGCGGGCUGUGCAGCCUCCAAAAAGAAUGAAAUAGCAGUGUCAUAGCAGAGCACAGUUGUGGAAUCCCUUCCUCCGUUCGCGCAAAAGGCGUGGACCUAGAGGACAAAGACGAUGGUUCCGAAGUUUCAAGCUUCCAUGUGCGCAACAAACGAGAGCUGCAAGAACUGCAUCAAAAACAUUC